UAUUUGAAAGCCUAAAAUUGGCAAACAUCUAGAUCUAGGCCUAUUCAAAUUGCUUCAAAAUGCAGACAAAACUUUUGUUCAGAAUAAACCCGACAUUUCCUCGUCUUGGCAGGACGGUACGCCCUCUAUCGAGCUCUCCACAGGAGUCGUCUGCUACGGCGCAUGUGCAGGCGGCGAGUGUUUACACAUGGUGAGCGGGGAGGAUGAUUGAUCGGAACCCUACUGGGACCGCGGUUUUCAUUGGUGAAUUACACCCUGUAAUGAACUGGCAAUCCGCCCCAAGAGGCCCGAGGAAUAAUGCGAGCUGCCAGGAUGUAAUCAAGUGGUUCUCAGGGGAGCAAAGUCCGUUCUUUGAGUUCAAAUCUCCCCGGGAGACGUUUGCCGCGGCGCUCGAGGCAGGCCCAAAUCACUUGGGUGUCAGCGGAGGCUUAGCAUUCAAUAUUCAAGGCAUGACGUAGCGCCCUCACAGCCAAGCUGAAGGCUGCACGCGGCGGAGGUGUUUUACUAGUGGCAAAAGACGAAGAAGGUAGUUGAGACUGAAAGGGACUGAGCAUCUCGCCGAGGUAGACGACCGUGACUUACGGCUACAGGUUGGUCACGCUCUUGUACCUCUACCAAGGGGCUUGCUGUUUCCUAGAAACGCCGUGUGAAGAUAGACCAAGUACCUAGCCAGCGAGGAGGGGGCAAGGAGAGCGUCCUCACAGUUCAAGCCGUACGCGUGAACGUUAACACCAAUGUCACGAAGAAAGCAAGCCAAGCCGCGGGCGCUGAAACGAGAAGAUGAGGAAGAAGAAAAAGCAGAGACUGCCUGUGUUGACAACCCACAGGACUUGCUCAAACUGGAAGAUUAUGAAGCAUUCCAAGCAACAGGUGAAGGGAGUGCUGUUGUCAUGGCAGCAUCUCCAAAUAAGGUCAAUGAUGUCACCAUGGUAGCGGGAGAUGAGGGAGAGGAGCCAUACACCUGUGAGAGCUGCAGUACCACUUUCUACAGUCUACACGUGUUCAUGGACCACAAGAACUCUGUCUGUAUUACAGGCACCUGUAUAGACCGUAGCCCCUACAGUGAGACCAGUGGUAGCAACUCCCCUGUGAUGUCACCACAUGACGUGGACGGUAGCAAAAGUCCAACAAACGCAGGAGAAGCCUGUCUUGGAAUACCAGAGGAUCAGCUGCCGUACACCCUUGGUGUAACUGAGACCACACCCUACGCCUGCCAGUUCUGUGACAAGGCAUUUGGACGUCUUAGCCACCUGAAGAAACAUGAGCAGGUUCAUGGUGACCAGAUGCCAUACAGGUGUGACUUCUGCCAGAGAUUGUUCAAACACAAGCGUAGCAGGGACAGGCAUGUGAAACUUCACACUGGGGACAAGAAAUACAAGUGUCUGCACUGUGACUCUGCAUUCUCAAGGAGUGACCACCUGAAGAUUCAUAUGAAGACCCACGACACAGCCAAGCCUUACCAGUGUGUGGAGUGCAAUCGAGGGUACACCACUCCUGCUGCGCUCACAUCACACAUGAUCAGCCACAUCAAGACCAGCCAGUCUGAGGAUGGGUUUACUGUGGACGAGGAGCACCUGCAGAAUAACAAGGACCAUGACAAGGUGGCAGAGAUACUACACUGCAGUCGGUGUAAGGAUUCUUUUGCUACUUGGAACGACUUGGAGAGACACCUGAUCAAGGCGCACUCAGAGAAGAGUCCUGACAAACAUGUCUGCCCUGUCUGCAAGGAAGCCUUCGACUCCUCAGAUGCCCUGUGCACUCACAUCAAGGGUCAUGCUGUCAUGACCUCACCCAGCAUCUCUGACGAUGCUCCUAGCUCGAAGAGGCCCAGGUUGACACCAAAAUCAGUGAAUUUGAGUGUCACUGAGAAGAGUGGUGGGGACAACGCCUGUCCGUACUGCUCCAAGAAGUACCCUAGUUUGGAAGUGCUGGAGAUUCACAUUCACACAAUGCAUGAGGGUAAGCCGACCUUGAUCUACGACUGCCAUUACUGCGGAGCUGUCUUCCCAUCAUCCUAUGUCCUAAAUGAGCACAUACAACUGUCACAUGAUGGCCGUACCACACCCAUUUUCCCCUGUGAGUUCUGUACUAUGGAUUUCACUGGGAGUGAGGCACUGGAAUAUCACAUGAAUAAUGUGCACAACUUUCUCCCAGAUAACAGUGAGAGUGCAUUCUGUUCACAGUGUAACGCUGGUUUUCCCAACAGUGCCACCCUGGCUGAUCAUGUCCAGAAGAUCCACAGUGGGGGGUCCUCUUUAAAAGUGCCGGACAUUAGCAAGUAUGUCCACCAGAAGGGCAGCAAAUCAGGCGGAAAGAGCUCACGAAAGGAUAAAAACAGUGACCGAUUUGACGACACGAGCCGUGCAUCCACAGGCACACACCCUAAUGCAUCCCGUUCUCCUACUAACUCCAACAAUGCCACCGCUUCAGCAGACGCCCUGAUCUGCGACCAGUGUCUGUCUUCCUUCGACACCUUUGAUGCCUACGCCAGCCACAUGCAGACCCACCUGGACAAGGGGUCCCAAGGAGGGCACCUGCAUAUCUGCCACCAGUGUGGGUCAGACUUCACCUCUGAGGACCAGCUGGAGGCCCACUCUCUGUCCCACUACCUGAACCUGACCACGGAGUUUGGCUGUACCAGCUGCCUGAAGCUGUUCUCCAAGCCUGAUGAGCUGCAGAAACACCUGAUGGAUAUCCAUGCACAUCACCUGUACAGGUGCUCUCUGUGUAAGGAGACCUUUGAUUCCAAGGUGAAUGUCCAGGUCCACUUUGCUAUCAAGCACAGUAAUGAGUGUAAGCUGUACCAGUGUACUGCCUGUACCACGAUAUUCAGGUCAGAGAUGGAGUGGCAACUACAUGUCAAAGUUAACCAUCUCCACAUCACCAAGCCUUAUAGGUGCCUCUUUUGUAAGGACAGUUUCUCAGCAGAACUGGAUCUCCAGAUGCACCUGACCAGCCACAAGAAGGAGUUCAUGUGUCCAGCCUGCAAUGAGGCCUUCCACGUGGAGUUCCUACUGGACAAACACAUCCAGGACAAACAUGCUGAUUCCACCAGCUCCGCAGCUCCCACGCCCCAACUGGCAUCUCCAGUUGCCCCUCCUCCUCCUCAAACACCAACCCCGAAACUGAAAGAGAACAGCAACUCCAACUCAGAUGUGAUUGAUCUCAGCAGCAGUGUCAUGGCUCUGCCCAGUCCCCAGCUGGUACAGCAGCUUCACCAGCAGCUGUCGCUUAGCAACCACCAACACCACCACCAAGGAGGUCAAGGUCACAGGUCAAGGUCAAGUAACAGAAUGAGGGAGAUUUACCAGUGUGAACUGUGCGAUGCCAAGUUCAGCAAUGACCUGUCUUUUCAAAACCAUUAUGUCUACAAACACAGUCUCAAAGCUCCCAUGGAGAAAUACCAAAAAGGAGCUUCUGUCUCAUCAGCCGGUUCCAUGGCAACAUCGGUGUCAUCUUCACAGAACAGUCUGGUUCCUAGUGAGAAGUACUCCCAUCGCUGUGUGUACUGUAACCAGACCUUCAAGACCAAGUCUGAACUGGAGAAACACACCAAGACUCAUGGUACCUCCAGCAGUCAUAAGUGUAAGGUGUGUGAUGAAGUCUUCCCCAGUGUUAACAUUCUGGCUGAGCACAAGCUGAGUCACUGCAAGGUGGGCCAGGCCAACACGUGUGCUGUAUGCAGGCUUAUGCUGAGAAAUGAGGAGCAUUUCUACUCCCACACCCAGAGCCAUGGGGUGAAGGGAGGCAGCACGCAGUGUAUUGUGUGCAGGCAGACUUUGACGUCUGUUGUAGAACUCCAGAUGCAUGCGCGUCAUCAUUUCAGGGAAACCCUGGCCACAUUCACGUGCUGUGUGUGCCUGAAGAGCUACGACUCCAAAGAGAACCUCAUCACUAAGGUGAACAGCAGUGGCAGGGAGUAUUACGUCUGUAAGAUGUGUUACCAUGGCAACGGAGCAGGCAGCCCCCAGCCCACGCACUACACCUGCCGAGUAUGCCUGAAGAUCUUCUCCAACACUGACAACAUGGUCAGCAAGCUCAACGCCAGCGGGAAGGAGUACCACAUCUGUAAGCAGUGUUACCAUGGCAACCAGGAUGUGGACCCGUGCAAGAUGUCGCCUCAGUUCUAUACCUGCUGUGCCUGUCUGAAAACGUACGAAACCAAGGACAGUCUGGUCUCAAGGUUGAACUCCAGCGGACGGGAAUAUUUUGUGUGUAACUUGUGUUACUAUGGCAACCAGAAGGCAGAAGUAAAGAAAGAGCACAGGUGUCCGGUGUGCAGUGUCAAGUUUGAGUCUCAGGCUUUACUGGACGUCCAUGCCACUGUACACAACAAAAAGACCUACCAGUGCAUAAAGUGCCAGCAGUCGUUUGCUACUGAGUACGAGAUCCAGGUCCAUGUGGCCACACACAUGAUGCAGGAGGGGACAAUACUGGACUGCAGACUCUGCGGACGUGCCUUUGAAUCCCCAGCCAAGCUCCAGUGCCACCUGAUAGAGCACUCCUAUGAGCCUGGCUGGUACCACUGUUAUAUCUGUGAGCGGACCUUCGACCAGGCUGUGGACAUUCAGAACCAUGUCCUGGAGCAUGAGAACAGCUUGAGGAAGUUUGCAUGCACGCAGUGCAGCCAGUCAUUCUUUUUCAGUGGAGAACUACAGAAUCAUCUGUACACACACGCCAAGGAGCUGAAGUCCCCCUCCUCUGGGCAAGGACGGAGAAGUAGAUCUGGUGUGCGAGCCGAUGAGGGGUCAUCUCCUGUAUCAGGAAGACAGGGCCUCAUAGCCUACCAGUCUAGUUCAUCUCCCAGUGAAGGGGUAGGUAGUGGAGGGCUGGUGGGUAAGAUGGAUGGAGAGAGGGGUGUGGCAGGGAACACACAGGACACACAGGACCAGGAGACAGAGAGGGACACAUUCCAGGUUACUGGGUAUGAGAAUCUCCAACAUGUGCUCCUGGCACCUCCCUCACAGCAACAGAAGGCAGUGGCAGCAGAGUUUCACUGUCCUGACUGCAACAAGACUUUCCUUGAUGUUGGCAGCCUGAGUAGCCAUAUAAAGCAGCAUGAGAAGAGGGAGAUAUUCAAGUGUUCUCUGUGCCCUCAGAUCUUCCCAGACAGCCUGAGCUUCCAGCAGCACUUCAUCCUCACCCACGCCAGUGUGACCUCAGACAAGGGUCAGGGUAGCUAUAACUGUCCAGAUUGUGAGCUAGACUUUACCAGUCUGCCUCUGCUGCAGGCUCACAUGAGGACUCAUAGCUCUGGAAAAGAGAACUGCAAGACUCCUUCCAACAGCGACAAGGCAGCAGCCAAUGCCUCUGCACCAUCUAAAGACUUCAGCUGUUCUGUGUGUGAGAAAACUUUCUCCAAGAGAAAUCAUCUGAAGGAACACAUGCAGGCACACUUCACCAAGCAG